UCGGUUCCUGUUCUGUUGCAGAUGUCAUUCAUUUAGCUGUGGAAGGUUUUAUCAGCCCUUGUGGAGGCUUUCCCCUGCACACAGCACUCAAGGCUGGAGCUGUAGUGGAGGAAAAUGGAGCCUGUAGAUCUUCUGGCACUUGCCUCCCUAGAAAUGAACAGUACCACGGUCACCCUGGCUUUGCUGGCAAUCUUUCUGGUCCUGCUGUAUUGGUACUCCACAUCUGCAUUCUCCAAACUAAGCAGAGUAGGGAUCCGACAUCCUCCACCUCUUCCUUUCAUUGGAAACCUGCUCUUUUUCCGUGAGGGUUUUUGGGAAAACCACACAAAACUCAUAAAAGAGUAUGGACCUGUUUGUGGGUAUUAUAUUGGUCGCCAGGUGUUUGUGGUGGUCUCCUCACCAGACAUGAUCAAGCAAAUCUUAGUGGCAGAUUUUAGUAACUUCACCAACAGAACUAAACCAAACUUGAUAUCCAAGCCAAUGCUUGAUAGCAUCCUUUGUCUUCGUGAUGACAGAUGGAAGUAUGUGCGGAGCCUCUUGACCCCAGCCUUCAGCGAUACCAAACUGAAAGAGAUGACACCACUGAUAAACCAGGCCUGUGACAUCCUGCUGUGUAACUUGAAAGUCUAUGCAGAUUCCGGCAAAGCUUUUGAUAUCCAGAGGUGUUACAACUGCUUUACCUUGGAUGUCGUCGGUAGUGUAGCUUUUGGUACUGAAGUGGAUUCUCAGAAGAAUCCUGAUGACCCCUUUGUUAAGAAUUGCAGAACAUUCUUUGAAAUGUCUUUGUUUAAGCCUCUUCUCAUUCUAAUCCUUUCUUUCCCAUUCAUAAUGAUCCCAUUGCUACGCAUUUUCCCCAACAAGAAACAAAAGGAACUGAAUGGAUUUUUUAUCCAAACCAUAAAAAAUGCAAUUGUCUACAGACGUCAGCAAGAUGCAGCUCAGAGGCGCAGAGAUUUUCUCCAGUGGAUGCUUGACGCCUGUGACUCAGCCGACUCCCUGGCAGCCGGGUGCUCGGAUGUGCUCAGCCCAUCUGCUGCUCCUAGACAGAACGAGGCGCCUCUGGUUGGCACGGCCCCAUCUGGAAAGGCUCAGAAGACGCUAACAGAGGAUGAGAUAGCAGGCCAAGCUUUCCUGUUCUUGAUCGCUGGCUAUGAGACCACCACAAGCACCCUGUCCUUUGCCACCUACUUGCUGGCCACCAACCCAGAGUGCCAGGAGAAGGUGCUCCAGGAGGUGGAUGAGUUCUCUGCAAAACACAUGGUCCCUGAUUACCAAAAUGUACAAGAACUCCCUUAUCUGGACAUGGUGAUUGCAGAGACGUUGCGCAUGUACCCACCUGCAUUCAGAUUCACUAGGGAAGCAACUAAAGACUGCGAAGUGCUGGGGCAGCAUAUUCCAGCUGGAGCUGUCAUUGAAACUGCAGUUGGACACCUUCACCAUAACCCUGAGUUCUGGCCAGAACCUGAGAAGUUCAUUCCUGAGAGGUUUACAGAGGAGGCCAAGAAGGAACAACAUCCCUUUGCAUACCUGCCCUUUGGGGCAGGACCCCGUGGCUGCCUUGGCAUGAAAAUGGGUUUGUUGGAGACAAAAAUUACUCUGCUGAGGAUUUUGCAGAAGUUUCGAUUCAAGACCUGCCCAGAGACUGAGAUUCCUUUGCAGCUCAAAUCAAAAGCCACACUUGGACCAAAAAAUGGAGUCUACAUCAUGCUGGAAUCUCGCUAAAAGGGAAUGUACAUCCUGAAGCUUUCUGGAAUGAGACCCUUUGUUAGUGAGUCACUGGUAAAAUUAUUUUUCAAAACUCCAAGGACAGGUAGGAGCCUAAGUCCCACUGAUGGUCAGUAGGUGCUUCCUCACUGCCUUCCUGUGGGGCAGCCUCCAGUCACUUUUUAAAAUGGGCUCCACAGUCUUUUUUGGACGUUUUCAAAUUGCUGUGAAUAGUAUCUAUAAAGAAGCAUCCCACUUUCAUUUGCUUUUCUUCAUCGCACUUCUUUUCACUUAUCUGUGAGAAUGCUUUCCUCAUGCUCAAUUUCCACAAUUUACAGUAGAUUUUAAUUUCAAUUCAUUGUGUGACACAUCCUUCCCAUGCACUUGUUAGUCCCUAGAGAAAACCCCAAAGGCACCACAGUUACAGCAGAAGGUCUGGGAUGCAGUGCAUUGGAUUUUUCAUGAACUCCACUAACAAUCAAAGCUGAGGCCCCUGUACAAUGUUUAAUCUCUACCUGUGUCUGUAAAGCCAGAGAAGUUGCACCUCCUCCAUGCUUUGAAGUGAUUUUAAAUACACUUGGAUUAACAAUUUGCACUUGGCACAUUCCAUUGACAUGACAGAAGAAGAAUGAACCGGUAAAGUUCCAGCAGCUAAGACCAAAGAAAUGAGGUGACAGCCAUUUUUCUGGCUGCUGAACUGCUGUUGGAAAGGCAGAGACAAAGAAGAUAUUAAUUUAAAGCAAGCAGGAGGACUGGAGGAAAUUUAAAGGUAAUCAGAAGGUGUUGGUACCACAU